AUGGAAGGCUGCAGAAGGACUGCUUCCCGUGAAGUGAACACGGGAGCGCUGGAGUUCCGUGAGAGUGAGAGCGGGAGGCCGGCGUUCCAGGGUCGCUCGGGACCGGGAUGUGGUGGGAAGGCGCCCGGCGGGGGGUUGUUCGCUGUGCCGCCCCGCGGCACACAGAGCGCACCGCCCGGCCGGCCCAGGCGGCCCCGCGGCCAUGGACGGCGGAGAGGCGGGCGAGGGGGCGGGGCCGGGAGGGCCCUUGGCGUGGGGCAGAACGGUGCUUUCCCGUGUGGAACCCUGCUUUACCUGCUUUGCCAGCGCACGAUACGACGAGAACGCGAGGGCGAGCGGCUGCGGCUGAAGCGCGGGCGGCGGCGGCCGCGGGGCGGUCUGCUGUGCGGGCCGGGGCUGCGGCGCGAGCGGGGCCGGGCCCUGCUGGUCACCAAGUGCGGGCUCCUGCGGCAUCCGGCCGCGGCCCCGGCGGCGUACUGGGUGGACUCGCAGCAGAAGCGGUACGUGCCAGUGAAGGGUGACCACGUCAUUGGGAUCGUGACGGCCAAGGCGGGGGACGUGUUCAAGCUGGACGUGGGCGGCAGCGAGCUGGCGUCCCUGUCCUACCUGGCCUUCGAGGGCGCCACGAAGAGGAACAGGCCGAACGUGCAUGUGGGAGAUCUUAUUUAUGGUCAGUUCCUUGUAGCAAAUAAAGACAUGGAACCAGAGAUGGUCUGUAUAGACAGCAGUGGAAAAUCAAGUGGAAUGGGAAUAAUUGGACAAGAUGGCUUCCUCUUUAAAGUUUCCUUAGGUCUAAUAAGAAAACUCUUGGCUCCCAAAUGUGAAAUAAUUCAGGAGUUGUCACAGUUAUACCCAUUUGAGCUGGUGCUGGGAAUGAAUGGAAGAAUAUGGGUAAAAGCAAAAACAGUUCAACAGACUUUAAUUAUAGUAAAUAUUUUGGAAGCCUGUGAGUAUAUGACUGCAGAACAGAGAAGACAAGCACUUGCCAAAUUGUCAGGGAACUGAUGAGAGAAGACUUUGAGGAUUUGUUUGCAAUGACUGUAGAGUGUUUUUGUUAUUUUUGUAUUCAGAUUUAUAUUAAAAGCUAUUUUUUAAAUGAA